AUGGCUCAUGUGGACGAGGCCGCCCGCCGGUUGUCCAAGUCUGGGUCAACCCUCUAUGCAGUGCUGGAGCUUAAGAAGGGUGCCUCACCUGAAGACGUCAAGAAGGCCUACAGGAGACUGGCCUUGAAGUAUCAUCCAGACAAGAAUCCAGGGGACGCUCAAGCAGCAGAAAUCUUCAAGGAGAUCAACACAGCCCACUCCGUACUGAGUGACCCUAAGAAGCGGAAAAUUUAUGACCGGCAUGGCUCAUUGGGGAUAUAUAUAUACGAUCACUUUGGCGAAGAAGGAGUCACAUACUAUUUUACGAUGAAUAGUUGUUGGUUCAAGACGCUUAUCCUCCUGUGUGCUCUGCUCACCUGUUGCUGUUGCUGCUGCUGCUGCUGCUUUUGCUGUGGAACACUGAAGCCACCACCUGAGGAAGCGACUAACAAAAAAUAUGCGUCAAAUGUCCAGCAUCAGCCUCCAAGGUCAGGACGCAGAGAACAUUUUAGAAGAGAGGAAGAUGGUUCUAGUGAUGAUAAUUAG